AUGGCGUCCACCAUGCAGCUAGAGUUCACGCAGGCGAUGACCGAUUUCAAGACGAUGUUCCCAGAUAUGGAUGACGAUGUUAUUGAAGCCGUACUACGCGCUAACCAAGGCGCUGUAGAUGCGACUAUUGACCAACUCUUAGCUAUGAGUACGGAUAACCAAAAUGAACGUUUGCGGCUCGAAAUGGAACGAGUGGAAAGCAGUACGCCGUCACGUCGCAAAGACCGUCGCUCGGGCUGCAGAGCUACUGACAAUGGCGAUGAUAAUGAUACCACAGCCCUCGUAGACGUUGAUGACGAUUCAAUUCCCUUAGCUGUAAGAAGGAAAUGGGUACCUAGAAUGCUGGGCCCUCUACCUCCCAUGUUUCUACGAAUACCACCCGGUACAGACGCAAGAAUAGACCUGAGUUUAGAGAUGGAUGACGACAAAAUUGCCACCUUCCUGCAGAAUGAGGAGUUCAUGGCGGAACUGCGAUGGAACCAGGAGUUCAUGGCUGCGUUAGACAGUGAGCAGGGACAGAAAACAAAGUGUCAUGACGAUGAGGCCGCAUUCAAGGAGAGGCUAAAGAACAUGGGCAAAUCAUCCCGCAAGAAGUUCGCCCAGCUCUCGAAGAUGUUUAGUCGUGGCGGGUCGCGGCGGUCGGGCAGCGCUCGAGCGCCACCUCGCGGCCCGCCAGACAGUCUGCUGCUUCAAGAGGAACAUAGUGACGAUGACGACCGCCCACAGCACCACGUCAAAAUAUAA